AAAUAUCGAUAUAUAUUUCAGAAUACCGGUAUAUGUGGCUUUAUGCGAAUCCAUAUAUUAAUUUAUCCAAACGUGGUUAUCUUAACACUGUGUUGAGAUAACUAACUACACAGAUAGUGCAAACUGAAGACGCAUAGAUAGUAAGUAGUGCAUGCAAGUGGCAGUAGCGUCUUACACAAAGUGAUAUUUAACCAGCUAACACGAUUCGCUGCGUGCUCCGUCGGCAUGUCGGCGACGCAUUCUCUGUUGGUACAUUCUGCACGGCAGAUCGUGCAAGUCGUGUCGGACGGUACGCUUGUUAAAUGCGGAUCGGCCAUGAAAUCAGUGGAUAUACUCCAGGAUACGAACGGAACUGGAUACAGCAUUCUUGUCGACAGAUCAGGCAAUAUUGCCGAUAUCGGGACAGACGCGGAAGUUCGGGCUCGAAACCCUGACCUGGAAGCGGACACUGUAAUGGAUGCCACCGGAAAAUGCAUUAUACCGGGUCUAGUGGACGCCCACACACAUCCGGUCUGGGCAGGCGACCGCGUGCACGAGUUCGCAAUGAAGCUUGCAGGGGCAACGUACAUGGACGUGCAUAAGGCCGGCGGCGGGAUACACUUUACAGUCGAACAUACACGAAACGCCUCCGCGGACGAACUAUUUUCUUCGUUCAAAUCGAGGCUGGAGUUCAUGCGGCGCGCUGGGACGACGCUGGUGGAAUGCAAGAGCGGAUAUGGACUUGACCUUAACACCGAGAUGAAGAUGUUGAAGGUCAUUGAACGGGGUCGCGACUUGGACAUUGGUAUAUCGUCGACAUACUGCGGGGCUCAUGCAGUGCCAAAGAACAAGACAUCGGAAGAAGCUACCGCUGAUAUACUGACCAAACAAAUACCAGAACUAGAGCGUCUAAUGGCCGACCAAGCUUUGCACGUGGACAAUAUCGAUGUCUUCUGCGAGCGCGGCGUCUUUGACGUGCAGCAGACGAGGCGCAUUCUGGAGGCGGGAAAAACUCUCGGACUGAAUAUUAACUUCCAUGGCGACGAACUGCACCCGACCGGAUCCGCCGAGAUGGGCGCAGACAUUGGCGCGCUAGCAAUCAGUCAUCUCGAGGAGAUUUCCGACGCCGGAAUAGUCGCUAUGGCAACAUCCGGCUCGGUGGGAGUUGUUUUACCCACGACCGCGUACAUCUUGCGCUUGAGACCGCCGCCUGUACGGAAGAUGCUGGAACAAAGCAUGGCGAUCGCUCUGGGCUCGGAUUUUAACCCAAACGCUUACUGCAUGGCUAUGCCGAUGGUAAUGCAUCUUGCUUGCGUCAUUUUGCACAUGAGCAUGCCGGAAGCUCUGAACGCCGCCACAAUAAACGCUGCGCAUGCGCUUGGCGUCUCACAGAAACAGGGGUCACUGGAGGUCGGAAAGCUCGGGAAUAUGGUCGUCUUGAAUACGGACAAAUGGGAGAAUCUGAUCUACAAGUUCGGUUGCUAUAACGAGGUUAUCGAUUAUGUGGUCUACAAGGGAAAGAUUGUUCACACAAGACAGUAGAAAGAGAAGAUGCUUUCUACUGCCAGACCGUCUUGGGUUUACUAUAUCCAAACUGUUGAGCAUGGCAUAAAUACUGAAUAAAAAAAUCAAAGAGUAA